UCACUCAUCCACCUUACGGAACAGAGAAGGGGAAAAAAUGUCACCGGCUAUUUUUACUCCGACGACUCUUCCUCCGUCAACUACUACAUGGCCAUGUACCACAUCUCAGAAGCUCAUCACCAUUAGAUCACCACUCAAGCUCAAGUGUAGAGCCACUUCUUCAUCAUCAUCAUCUAUCACAGACUUUGAUCUCUACGACCUAUUAGGUAUUGACCGGAGCUCUGAUAAGUCUCAGAUCAAAGCAGCCUAUCGUGCGUUGCAGAAACGGUGUCAUCCUGAUAUCGCAGGAGAUCCUGGUCACGACAUGGCCAUCAUCCUUAACGAGGCUUACCAGCUUCUCUCUGAUCCGAUCACGCGUCAAGCCUAUGACAAGGAGCAAGCAAAAUUGGAAGAACUCAGAGGUUACACAGGGAAACCUAUCUAUUCGGUUUGGUGUGGACCAGAAACAGAGCAACGAGCUGCGUUUGUAGACGAGGUUAAGUGUGUUGGUUGCUUAAAGUGUGCUUUGUGUGCAGAGAAAACAUUUGCUAUUGAAACUGCUUACGGAAGAGCGAGGGUUGUUGCUCAAUGGGCUGAUCCUGAAUCCAAAAUCAAAGAAGCCAUCGAAGCUUGCCCUGUAGACUGCAUUUCAAUGGUGGAGAGAUCUGACCUUGCGCCAUUGGAGUUCCUUAUGUCAAAGCAACCACGAGGCAACGUGAGAAUCGGGGUUGGGAACACGGUUGGCGAGCGUGUCUCCAAUGUAUUUGUUGAUGUCAAGAAGUUCCAAGAAAGAUAUGCCAAAGCCAUGAGCAGAACCACAAAAGAAACUGCCCAGAGAGAAGUACAAAUAAGUGCAGUAGAGGCAAUAAGGUCCAUUUCCAAUUGGCUAUACUGGAGAUCAUCACCGUACACGAAACCAUUGAGUCCAGAUUCAAACAUGAGUCUAACUUUCACCAAACGAAAAAAAACAGUUGAUCCAGAUAUCAGAAAGCUUCAAGAUGCUGUGGCAGCAAUGAAACAAGCAGAACAGAGUGGGAAACGCAAAGCAAAAGGAUCAGCUUACAUGCUUGGAGAAGAUUAUUGGACUCCAUCAAACGCAGCUCUUCCCUCUUCUGGAAACAACAACAGUUACAAAGCUAGCUCGAAUCCGCAAGUGACUCGUAAGACAUUUUCUUCAGAAGAGAAACCUGCAAGUAGAAGAGACAAUAGAAGACAGUUCAGGAUAAAGAAAUUCCCAAUUGGGACAGCCAUAGUAGCAGUAUUCUUGGUUCAGUACCAAGCAAGUUACAGAGCCGCCUCUGAGCUCAACGACCAUAUCGGCGGCUCGCUGGCUCUAUCCAUAGUUAACAGCCCAUGGCAGCAGAUUUUGUUAGCCGGAAUUACAUGGUACUUCAUUGGAGCAAUGCUACUCCAACUUGUGGAAGCUGUCCAACACAAGCUAGAAGAUGAAGAAGUAUAGUCUUUGUAGAUAAAUCUUUAUGUACAUC